GAGAACGAAUCGACUCGGCGUUCUUUUCAUGUCAGCCCAGCUUUAGACCAACCACGCAGCAACAGACUGCGAAUUCGAAUAGCCCUGAACCAUUCGAGAUAUUCAAGUUCAUCGCAAACAGCGGUGGCGGAAGGCCAUGGACACGACGAGCAUGAUCCAUCGCACGCUGGUCGUGGAACAAGGCGUACAACCCCCGGAUGGCGGCUGGGGCUGGGUGGUGGUGCUGGCAGGCUUUGUGUGCCACGUGGUGGUCGACGGCAUAAUCUACUCGUCCGGGGUCUUCUUUGACGAAUUUCUCAGCUACUUCGGCGAGGGACACGCGCUCACCUCCUGGAUCGCCUCCAUCCUCAUGGGCUCCUACUUCAUCUCCAGCCCGAUUGCAAGUGGCUUGACCAUCCGGUAUGGCUGCCGAACGACGGUCAUCACGGGCUCGCUCCUGUCCGCGGUGGGCCUCUUCCUUAGCAUCUACGCGCCCAAUAUCCUCUACCUGUACUUUUCCUUCGGGCUCGUGGCCGGAACGGGAUUCGGCCUCAUCCUGCUGCCGGCCGUGGUGUGCGUGUCCACUUACUUCAAUAGGCGUAGGUCGCUGGCCACGGGCGUGACGGUUUGCGGCUCCGGCGUAGGCACCUUUGUGCUGGCACCGCUCGUCCAGCUCCUGAUCCGUCUGUACGGCUGGAAAGGCACGCUCAUCGUGUGCUCGGGGCUCUCGCUCCAGGGCGUAGUGGCGGGCCUCCUGAUGCGGCCGGUGCAACCAGCGUCGCCCCUCGCAUCCCGGGAGCCCUCGUCAUCGUACGAGCCCGCGGAGCGGUCAUCGACGCUUUCGAGACACCUGGCCGUAUACGAGUUGCCCGUUCGCACUCCUUCAACGGACGCGGGCGUGCAACUGCAAAUGGUGGGCGAAGGAGCCGAGAGUUUUCAUACGCACGUGAGGCUCCGCAAGGACCUGUUCUACGCGGGCUCGCUGCCGGAGGAACAGCGGCAGCCCGUCAUGUCUUUCUUCGCCACCGACAGCACUCUGCUUGACUCCCCGGACCACUCCCACGUAAUCACCCUCGUCGACAACCGGAACCUUCUCUGCAGGACGCUCUUCUCGUACCAGAUGACGGCCGCAUUCUACGAGAUGCUCGACUUCCGGCUAUUCGGCGACCGGGUCUUCCUGGCCUUCGCCUUGUCCCGCUUCCUCUGCGGCCUGGGGUACAGUGUGCCCUACCUGUUCCUGUCUAGCAUGGCCGUCGAACUGCUCGCUGUCACCGCGGCAGAGGGAAGCUUUCUGGUGUCGCUGAUCGGCCUGAGCAACGUACUGGGCCGCGUGCUGGUGGGCGUGGCAUCAGACAGCGUGGGCCGAGGCCGCCUCUGGCUGUACAUGGCCUGCGUCGUGACGUGUGGCCUGUCCACCGUCCUCUGCGUCAUGUGCACCUCGUACUCCUGCCUGAUAGUCUACACGGCCGUGUACGGCGCUGCUAGUGGGGGCUUCAUCACACUCAGCUCGAUUGUGGUCGUUGAUCUGGUCGGACUCAACAACCUCACAAACGCGUACGGCUUGAGUCUGCUCUGCAUUGGAGUGGCUGCCCUUGUUGGACCGCCACUUAACGGUCUUAUCCAUGACGUGUUUGAGUCAUACAUGCCCGGAUUUCUGUUGGCUGGAGUCAGCCUCUACGUGGGGGGCGUGACCCUGCUAGCGGUGCCUUACCUGCAGAGUGGCCGCAGGCGCCGUGGCAGACACGUAAUUUUUCACUCGAAUGCCUGACGUCCGGGGUAUUCAUAAACGCCUGAAGCCGGGACGUCAGUAUAUAUACCUAUAUACUAUGCUCAAUAGAUCAUCAGGACUGCCGAGCUUCCUGCAUGCAGCUUGGCAUCGCAUGUUCUUAACGAAAGAUUUCUUUUUCUAGACGCUAUAAACAAAUAAACGAACAAUUCCACGAGAUGCUACUUUCUGUACUAGGGCACGUCAUAUUUCCAAGUUACCGGUGAGACACCAGCUGGGGUUUAGAGUGUAGUACGUGGGUUUUUGCAUUUGUUCAAGCUUGCAGAGGGUACGUCACAACCUUAGCUACGGGCUUGAUUUGGUUACAUGGUUACAUGUACAAAAGGCGUGACGGCAGGUCAGGAGAGUUCACACGUAUCAAUGCCCCUUGAUGAAGAGCCCUCCCUUUGAAAGUAAUAAAAAUUGCCCGAGCA